UUUCUGCCUUACAAACACUUUGAAACCUGAACAUGCUGGACUGACUUAUCCAUACCAGGCCCAUGCCAACUCCAUUUGAUCAAAUUUCAUAUCUCUCUGUCCGGACUGCAUAAACUAGAGAGAAGUUCAUAAUGCUUCCUUUUCUUCUUCUUUCAAUAUAAAUGGACGAUCGAUUUGCAUAUCAGUAAUAGGACAAUUCAUUCAAAUCUUCAUUUCCACCUGAAAAAAAUAAAAGAAGUAUUAUCAAAAGAUCUAAGGAGGAGAUAGAAUCGCCAUGAAAUUGCAUAAACAGGGGAGCGUGAAUCACAGAAGAGAUGAAGAAGCAGCAGCGCAGAGCACCCCGCCAUACUCCCCCAAAACCCUCAAACACCCAAGAUCUCUUCCUAGAUCCAUCAACUAUCUCCUAAGAGAACAGCGGCUUUUGUUCAUCCUCGUUGGUAUCCUCAUUGGCUCCACUUUCUUCAUCAUACAACCGAGCCUUUCCCAUAUCAGCCCCACUCCUAAGGUGCCCAGAUCGCACCCUUUUCAUAUCUCUGAAAGGGAAGCAGUUUCUUCUUAUACCCCUUUCAGGGUAGGUAGCAUGAAUGGCGCCGGGAUCGGCAGGGUUCCGGUAGGGAUUGGGAGGAGGAGGAUGCGGAUUGUGGUCACAGGCGGAGCUGGAUUCGUGGGUAGCCAUUUGGUCGAUAAGCUGAUUAAGAGAGGUGACGACGUGAUCGUCAUUGAUAAUUUCUUCACCGGGAGGAAGGAGAACGUGAUGCACCAUUUCGGAAAUCCCAGGUUUGAGCUUAUUCGCCAUGAUGUUGUGGAGCCCAUUUUGCUCGAGGUUGAUCAGAUCUACCACCUGGCUUGUCCUGCUUCUCCCGUCCAUUACAAGUACAACCCUGUCAAGACAAUCAUAUCCUUUUUUACUUCAAUACCCCCCCCCCCCCCCCCCCCCCCCCAAUAAGGCAUGCUCUUUUGAAAUGAAUGCUGGCUGUUGAAUCUGUGUCAUGGGUAGUAAAAUGUGUGUGAAUCGUGAUAACUGAUACUUCUUUUGGAUUUGGAGAUGUUCUAUGGAAACCUUGACUUAAAUGUUGUUACAAGACAAAUGUUAUGGGCACACUUAACAUGUUGGGACUAGCCAAGAGGAUUGGUGCUAGGUUCUUGCUUACUAGUACAAGUGAGGUGUAUGGAGAUCCACUUGAGCAUCCCCAGAAGGAGACUUACUGGGGAAAUGUUAAUCCUAUAGGAGAGCGCAGUUGCUAUGAUGAGGGAAAACGCACUGCUGAGACUUUGACUAUGGACUAUCACCGUGGUGCAGGAGUAGAGGUACGUAUUGCUCGUAUUUUCAACACAUACGGACCUCGUAUGUCGCUAGAUGAUGGACGUGUUGUCAGUAAUUUUGUAGCUCAGACUAUUCGCAAGCAACCCAUGACAGUUUAUGGUGAUGGGCAGCAAACAAGAAGCUUUCAAUAUGUUUCUGACUUGGUUGAUGGGUUGGCAGCUCUGAUGGAAGGAGAGCAUGUUGGGCCUUUCAACUUGGGAAAUCCAGGGGAGUUCACAAUGCUGGAACUUGCUGAGGUCGUGAAAAAGGUGAUCGAUCCUAGGGCCACAAUUGAGUUUAAACCAAACACGGCUGAUGAUCCUCAUAAGAGGAAGCCAGACAUCAGUAGAGCAAAAGAACUUUUGAAUUGGGAGCCAAAAAUCGCCCUCCAUGAUGGUCUGCCCCUCAUGGUCAAUGAUUUCCGGAAUCGCAUCUUGAACGAAGAGGAAGGAAAAGGGAACUAGCUAGUAUGAGUGAAAUUGCAUGUAUAGAAAAAGAAGCGUACUCUAAUUUGUGGUGCUUAUUUCUUUGUCUAGCAGUUCAUAUAUUAAUUGCUCCUCCCCUCACACGCCAUCACUCCAACAACUAUAGUGCCUCUACAGGAUUAGGAAUAAGUGUGUAUUGUUUUGAUGUUGCUUUAAAUUCAAAUUUUAUACCCUUGAAAUUGAAUUUGGUUAAAGCUUGUCUUUGAUAUUUGGUUCUCCUUUUAUAUAUACUAGUAGUAGUAUCAAAGAUGUGCAUUGUAUGUGGGUAGCAGGUGAUGAGGCGGAAAUUACGCCGAUAAGGUCGUGUGUUGUAGUGUUGCACAGUUGUAUUUAAUGUGUUGACGAGUUCAUAUAUUUGUAUUAUUUAUUUAUUUAUUAUCGACGUUCUCAAAUGUCUAUUCUGA